GUUUCAGAUAAACGUGCGUGCCUACCGGCGUCUUGCGAAUGUGGCUCUACAGUUGUAGUGGCGUCUCUUCGCAUUUGCAGUCAUAACAGGAUCUGAAUUGCACGACAAAUGAAUUACCGCACCACAAACGUUAAUAAUUUUGUUUUAAGACUUUUCAAAUCUUGCGAGUGACGCAAAGUUCUGGACUUUACAUCUUCAAUCUUCCACCGAGUGUGAAGUAACAGUGAUGGCAAACGAGCGACAAACCCGUACGUACGGAAUAUCCAGGCUAUGUUACCAAAAGCAACAACGAGGCUUUGGCCCAACAAAAGCAGCCUCGUAUGUAAUCAUGCUGUGUUUAUUAACACUUCCUACUCGCUCUGACCCUUGUCUCACCAAGCAAACUUGCUCAGAAUGUAUACAGACGCCAGACUGUCUGUGGUGUUCUGAUCCAAUGCUCAAUGGAACCCACCGAUGUUUCAACAGUUCUGUUGGCAUGGAGAUAUGUGCAGAUGAUUUCAUCUUCAACCCACAAAAUAAAAUAGUAGUAACAUCAGGAGAAGUUCUGAGCAGUUUCUCACCACAAAAGAUCUCUGCAGAGCUUAGAGCAAAUCAGAAGCAUUAUAUAAAUUUUACCUACGAAGUGCAGAAUUUGCCACUAGAUCUCUAUGUACUGAUGGAUCUGUCUGGCUCAAUGACUGAUGAUAAAGAUAAAUUAUCCAGCCUUCAGCAAUCACUAGAAGAAUUUAUGAACAACAUUACAUCAGACUACAGAAUUGGAUUUGGCGCCUUUGUGGAUAAACCCACAGCACCAUACAUCAGGACGCACGAGGACUGGAUAAAACAUCCAUGCAGAAAUCGAAGUGUCCCUUGUGAUCCAGCUUAUGAAUUCAGAAACCACUUGAGCCUACAAAAAAAUAUCACGUUGUUCACUGAAACAGUUCGAAAAGUGAACAUGUCUGGGAACUUUGAUGCUCCAGAAGGAACUUUGGAUGCAGUCCUCCAGGCUGUCACAUGCACAGAACGCAUCAACUGGCGCAACAACUCUCGCAAGGUGGUGUUGGUAGCCACAGACAAUGGAUUUCACAUAGCUGGUGAUGGCAAGCUAGGGGGCAUCAUAAUUCCAAAUGAUGGUGAAUGUCAUUUAGAUAGUGAAGGCUACUAUUCUAUGUCAGUAUCGCAGGACUAUCCUUCAAUAUCUCUAAUUACUCAGAGAGUUCAAGAAGAAUCUGCUCAUGUAAUUUUUGCUGUAACAAGCAAUAUAAUUGAAGUGUAUCAAGAACUGGAGAAGUUGUUACUGGGAUCAAGAGUUGAAGUUUUAUUGGAGGAUUCUUCCAACAUAGUUACACUAUUGCAAAAUCAAUACAAUGAAAUUUCUGCAUCUGUUGAACUGAAAGAUGAUGCAGAGUAUGUAUCUGUAACAUACAAUCCAAAAGGACCAGAUGGAAGUGUGUCAGAAGGUAAUAAAAUUUCAAUGCUGAAGAGUGGUGAUAUAAUCAAUGUCACAGCAGAAAUUAUUGUGAAAGACCCACCAAAUAUGAAUGAUUUAAUGUGGAAAGAAAAUUUUCAUAUAAUGGCAGUUGGUAUAAGGGACAGUAUUGCAGUGGAUUUACAAGUGUUCACUGACUGCCCUUGCAGUAAGGAAAAGAAGCCUAAUGCCUCUGAAUGCAAUGAAAUGGGAACUCUUGUAUGUGGGAACUGUGCAUGCAAUUCAGGUAGAUUUGGAGAAAGGUGUGAAUGCAAUGGUACAGAUAUUUUAGAUGACGAAGAAGUUUGUCGUAGCAGCAACUCCUCUGAAAUUUGUUCAGGACGAGGACGAUGCAUUUGUGGAAAGUGUUACUGUGAAGAAAAGGAGGGUGUUAGUGGUGACUAUUGUGAAUGUGAUGACUUUUCCUGUGAGGUGGUUAAUGGUAAGAUAUGUUCAGGCCAUGGCAGUUGUAAAUGUGGUACAUGCAUUUGUGUGUUGCCAUGGACAGGAAAAGCAUGCCAGUGUUACAAUAACAAUGAUUUAUGCAAAUCACCAAUAACUGGAAAAGAAUGUUCAGGCAAUGGUCACUGUGAGUGUGGCAAAUGUGUGUGUAAGACCACAGAUGGACUUCCAUAUUCGGGAGAUUUUUGUGAAAAGGACCCUGUUAGUGGUUCCAAAUGUGAUACUCUAAGGGAUUGUGUUAAAUGCAUGAUUGACAAUGAAGAAGUCAAGGAUCGGUGUGUAAACUGCAACUUCACUUUCACACUGACAGAGAGUGUUGAAGUCAAUGAAGAAAAUAAUGAGGUCCAGUGCUUCAUAGAAGGUGAAUGCAAACGUUCAUUUGUGUACUACACAAAUGAAAUGAAUGGAGAAGUAGUGGUACGAGCAUCAAGGAAUGAAAUCUGUCCCCAGAGGGCCAACAUAGCUUUGAUAUCUGGCAUUUUUCUCGGAGCAGCUCUCCUGCUGGGAAUCAUAUGUCUCAUAAUAUGGAAGUUGCUGACCAAUUAUUAUGAUCAAGUGCAGUAUGCAAAAUUCGAAGAAGAAGCAAAAAGAGCCAGAAUGAAUGCAAUGGAGAGUCCUCUCUACAAACCAGCAACAUCAACCUACAGAAAUCCACUGUACCAUAAGCAGGCUGACAGUUAACUUACUCUAUAUAUAAUUUGUUUGUUUGUUUGUUGAGAAGAUUAAAUAUAGUAGUUUAAUGUCUGUGAAAUCUGUUGUACUAAUUGGACUUUCAAGUUCACUAAUCAGGAACCUGGAAAAAAUAUUGGGAAUUUAAAAUACUUUGAAACCUCUUUUAACUAAAAGCUAUUGAAUAAAUAUGUAACAUAUGUUUGUGGAUAACACAACAUGGCAGUAUUGAGAUACACACUUUUAGCCACGUUCGAUAUUUUUUCUGUAAAUGUGAUGUAUGCUUUUCCUGUACAGUUAUCAUAAGUUUGCAGAAAAUACAAUGUAUACUGGUUUGUAUUGUGUAUAACAAAAUUUUUCGAAAUAAAAUAUCAUCCAUUGUUUGUUUUAUAAAGUUUUCUGUGUAUCUGCUAUUGGCCAUUUUUGACUGUAAAGCCAUUAUCUACAUUUGCAGCUACAUCUACAUGUCUUCUCUGCAAUUCACAUGUAAGUGACUGACAGAGGUUUCACUGCACAACUUUCCACUAUUUCUCUACCAUUCCACUCUCAAACAGUGUGUGGAAAUAGCAGACACUUAAAUCUUUCCGUGCAAGCUCUGAUUUUUUUGUAUUUUGUUAUGACAAUCAUUUCCCCAAAAGUCUGUGGGAAAAGCAAACAUGCAAAUCUAUCCGUGCGAGCUCUGAUUUUUCAUAUUUAUUUAUGACAAUCAUUUCCCCAUAAGUAGAUGGUGUCAACAAAAUACUGAAGUUGAAUAUUGAAUGUACAGAUAUCCCUUAUGCAUCAUGCUGCAACAGAUGUUGCACAGACAUAUUCUGUAUGUUUCUUGACGACUCUACAGUUGAAAUUGGCCAACAGAAAAUAAAAGGAAAAAUUUAAUAGCCUAUAACGAACAAUAUUUUCUUUGGAAAAAUAUAUUGAGCCAGUGGACUUGAGUAAAAACAAGAUCAUCUUACUAAAUGUUGUAUAAGCAUUUCAAAUCUCCUGAUUCAGCUUUUAAAACUACACUUUGCCCUUUUUCUUUCACAUAAACUGCAGGCGUAUUAAUUAUUAUGAACAUUCAUCUGUAAACCUAAUAUAAAUUGAUAGUAUUUAUGGAAAUAAAAUCUUUUUGUACAAAAAA